ACUCACUCACUUUGCCUCAUUACCUUUGGCUUUCACCGAAAAGUGUUAAGAUGCUUUACAGUUUCAUUGACUUUAUAUAUAUUAACCAAUAAGUUACAUUUAUAAACACCUAACUAUAGUAACAAAUCCUCCCUCCCUCCCUGCAUGAGUUCAUGAGACUUUCUCCUCACUCCACCAUAGCUUUCUAGGGAAAGAGAGAGAAAGAAAGGUCCUCAAACAACCUGUCAGCAGCAGAACAAUGGGACUGAACUGAAAACUGGGCUGUUAGAACAGUUGAUGCAAUCGAAUGUUUGGCACUUGUUUCGAAGAGAGCAGAGGUUUUAAAAUCAAGAAAAGAAGUCUUUUGAGGCUGAAAUCCUAAGUAUUGGCAGCCUUUUGGUGUUUUUUAAGCUGAGAUGGGAGUUGUUACUGUUGGUGAGUUGAAGCCAAGCAUUUCAGGGAAAAGGUCAUUUCGUCCAAGUUCAAGUAUAAGGCAUGCCACUGAAUGGCCUAUCUCUGAUGUUUCCAGCGAUAUUACUAUUGAAGUAGGAACUUCAAGCUUUCCACUUCACAAGUUCCCUCUUGUUUCUCGAAGUGGAAGGAUCCGAAAGUUGUUGUUGGAAGCAAAAGAUUCUAAAAUUUCAAGGAUAAAUCUUGCUGCUGUUCCUGGUGGACCAGAUGCAUUUGAGCUAGCUGCGAGAUUUUGCUAUGGGAUAAAUACUGAGAUAACACAAUCCAAUCUAGCCAUGCUUUGUUGUGCAGCUCAUUUCCUGGAAAUGACAGAAGAUUUCGCUGAAAAAAACUUGGAAGCCCGAGUUGAAGCUUAUCUAAAGGAAAUGGUGUUCCCCAACAUAGCAAACUCGAUAUCUGUCCUUCACCGUUGUGAAACUCUCUUACCAUUUGCGGAAGAGAUCAACUUGGUGAGCAGGCUUAUCAAUGCAAUUGCAAGUAAUGCCUGCAAAGAGCAACUGACCUCAGGUUUGUUGAAACUUGAUCAUAACUUCCCUACAAAACCUGUCCAAAAUAUGGAACCCGAAACUCCCGCUGAUUGGUGGGGAAAAUCACUUGCAGUACUCAGUCUUGAUUUCUUUCAAAGAGUUCUAUCUGCUGUGAAAACCAAGGGUCUAAAACAGGAUAUGAUCAGCAAGAUUUUGAUAAAUUAUGCUCACAACUCUCUUCAAGGUCUUGUCGCCAGGGACUCGCAAUUGGUCAAAGGAAGUCUUCUGGAUUUGGAAUUUCAAAAGAAACAAAGGGUCAUUGUUGAAGCAAUAGUUAACUUACUACCAACUCAGUCAAGGAAGUGUCCAGUUCCAAUGGCAUUUCUCUCAAGUUUGUUGAAAACAGCUAUUUCAGCGUCAGCAUCUACUUCUUGCAGAUCAGAUUUAGAAAGGCGGAUAGGUCUCCAAUUGGAUCAGGCAAUUCUUGAAGACAUCCUCAUUCCUGCAAAUUCACAUGGAAACACUCAUAGCACUAUCUACGACAUAGAUACUAUUGUGAGGAUCUUUUCCAUAUUUUUGAACUUGGAUGAGGAUGAUGAAGAAGACAAUCACUUGAGAGAUGAAAGUGAAAUGGUUUAUGAUUUUGACAGCCCUGGAUCUCCAAAACAAAGCUCAAUCCUCAAGGUAUCAAAGUUGCUUGAUAACUAUCUCGCAGAAGUUGCAUUGGACUCAAACUUGAUGCCAACUAAAUUCAUAGCACUAGCUGAACUACUUCCAGACCAUGCUCGUAUUGUGAGUGAUGGAUUGUACAGAGCUGUAGACAUUUUCCUCAAAGUUCAUCCAAACAUCAAGGAUUCAGAACGAUACCGCCUGUGCAAAACCAUCGACUGUCAGAAGCUAUCUCAAGAAGCCUGCAGCCAUGCAGCACAGAAUGAAAGGCUGCCAGUUCAGAUGGCAGUUCAAGUGCUAUACUUUGAGCAAAUAAGGCUAAGAAACGCAAUGAAUGGAGGUCACAAUCAAUUCUUCUUUGGUGCAAUGAAUGGUCAAUUCCCUCAGCGUUCAGGCAGCGGUGCAGGGAGUGGAGCCAUCUCACCUAGAGAUAACUAUGCGUCUGUCAGAAGAGAGAAUAGGGAGCUCAAGCUAGAAGUUGCUAGAAUGAGAAUGAGGUUGACUGACUUGGAAAAAGACCAUGUUUCCAUGAAACAAGAGCUCGUAAAGACGCACCCUGCAAACAAGUUAUUCAAAUCAUUUGCAAGAAAGUUGAGCAAACUCAACAACUUGUUCAGGAUUAAUAGUAUCAAGCCAACAGGGGGCAGAGCAAAUUCAGAAACCAGAUUCCCAUUUCAGAAGCGAAGGCGUCAUUCUGUCUCAUGACUUUGUGUAAUAGUGUGAAUAGUCAACGAGUGUAUAGUAAUAUUUAUAUGCAGUGUGAAUGUUUCUAAUGUCAAGAGUUGAUAGUCUUUUUUGAGUGUUAAUUAUUGGUUUCUGCUAUGUUAA